AUGCCUCAUCUCAUAGUGGACACUCGUUGUUUAGACAUUGAGAGUGGCCGCAUUUAUAUUGCUCGCCAUGCAAAAUUUGUUGAAACAACGUUUCCUUUUCAAAAUCCAUCACGGCAUUCACCUUCGGUAGACACUCCUGUCAACAACCCAUGGCUACAUGUGACCACUAUAGUCCCUUCUAUCUCGGUGCCAGCAGCAGGUGAAAUCUUGGAUUGCACUACACAUCAGAAUCUAUUGGAUCCAAAGGGACCUGCUGUAAUUGCAAUUCCAUCACCAGGGUGUAAUGGGACAUUGUUGGCCCAAGUCUUCAUUUAUGAGAUGCUUUACAGGAGUAUUCUGAUAUCCGAACCACCUACUGCUGUCCUAGACCUACAUAUCAUCACUUUAAAAUACAUCGAAGUCUUUAAACUUCAGCUUACCAGGGCCUGCCAUUGUUGUAGUAGUUGUCAUGGAGAUGAUGACGAAAGUGUUAACAAAGAGAACUAUCGUAAAGAAUUUGUCAGUAGAAAUGUGCACCUUAUAACUACUACGGAGAAAUGGAAUGAAAAAGUAUCAGAAGCAAGUAGGGAUGGAAAGAUUGCAGUCGUAAAUUUCAGUGCAUUGUGGUGUGCUCCAUGUAAGACAAUCGCAGAAGCCUAUUGCGAGCUUUCAGAUAAAUACCCCUCCGUCAUGUUUCUAACAGUAGACGUUGAUGAGCUCGCAGUAAGUGUGACAUUUGGCAUGGAGUUGAGUACUUCAUGGGAAAUUAAAGCAACUCCAACAUUCUUCUUCCUUAAAGAUGGGCGACAAGUUGACAAACUUGUUGGGGGCAACAAGGCAGAGCUCCAGAGAAAGACUGCUGCUGUAGUUAAUCUUGUGUCUAAAUCACGUAAUUGA